UUGACUAUGUUUUAUGCCCUGCAACGAGUUGUUUUAAUUUUUGUUAUUUCGCCAGUAGCACUACAACUCCGAAAGCAUUCGGAAACAUUUUAGCCGAGCCGCCAUUACGUUCAGUGAAGAACGUGCCCCUGUGAAAAACUCGUGUCGUUGCACAAUUGGCAACGAAUUUUAACGCAAAAAGUGGAAAUUAUUUCCAAAAUCUAAUAGAAAUUUACAAUUAAAGAUUACGCGUAGUGUUUCGCAUAUAAAAUAUGUGAAAGUAGCGGAGUUUAAGUGCAGAAAAUACGUUGUGAAAAAAGUAUGAAUUAAUCGAAUUUGAUCGAUUUUGGUGAAAAAAAUUUUCAUGGUGCUCGCCAUUUACCCGACCCGAAAAAUAAUGGUCAUCUCACUUGCUUCUCGCUCGCUCACAUAUCAUCCCGCUGAGGUGUGAACGAGAGGUCGGUAGUGAAUACGAUUAUAUGGCGCAUAUUGCGUUUCGUGUUGGCACGGAUAUUAAUUUGAACUAAAAUUAUGCAAUAAUUGUAAAAGUUAUAAUGGAGGAGAAAAUUAUAAAGAAUAAAUAAAUAAAAAAAGCAGAUAAAAUCGCCGGAAGGAGAAACCGGAGACGAGUUUGAAAAUCAGCACAUCCAGCAGUAAACAACAGCAAGAGCUUUAGCAGAAAAGUCGCAACAAACUCAAAUUCGACGACAGCAAAGACAUUGUGUGUAUAAAAAAACAGAAACGUGUUCGUGUGAUAAUAAUAUUUAAAUAAUAGUGUAAGAGAACUACAAUGUUGCAAUGAAAUGUGCAAAAGUCAUCAACGUAAUUAUGCCAAUUCAUUUGAUUUCUUCGAUUUCAACUUGAAAAAUGUCGUCGAUUCCACUGCACCGCUCGUCGUUGUCGUUGCUACCACCGCAGUGCUGUAAUUGCAAUAACUUUCUCGCCUACAUUUUGUUGUUGAUAUCAACGCUGUUGUCCACGCUAUACGGAAAUUCUUACAGCGUCAGCAAGAAAACUAUCAAUAACAACAAAUCUUGCCCUAACCAUCAACAUCAUUACAAGAAAAGCAGCAAUAGCAAUUUCGCUAUAAAUAAUCAUUGUUGCAAUUUUAAGUCAAAACUAAAAUCCACCAACCCAAAAUAUCCUCUUGGUUGCACUAACUACAACGCAACUAAAUCAGCUGUGUGUACUGGAGCGGUAACGAAAGAAAAUCUUAUUGAUAACAGCAAUCGUCACAGUUCCGAUACAUAUAUUGUCACUCCCCUCAAAACAACUGAUCAACACAGCGACUGCAAUAAUAAUAGUAUCAAUAGUUGGGAAAGUAAUAGAAAGAGUAGUUCUUCAGCAACCACUACUGACCGACGUUUACUGCAACCGCAGUUGGAAAAACAACAGACGUUUCAUAAAGAAAGGGAAUAUUGUUGGUUUGCGAAAGGCGAUAACAAUAAUUAUCGAAUUAGCACUAACAACAACCGAAGCAGCGUCAACAACGAUUGCAGCAGUCCGCAAGGCGCGUUAUUUAUUCUCUCAAAUACUAACAUCUACACUUGGCGACCUAGUGUAACUAGCACAAUAAAAGUUGCAAAAACAGAAGCUGUAGCGGUGGUAAUAAUACCGACUUUUGUGGAUCUCACGCAUCUCUUCUUGCAUCCUACAUUUACACCCCAUAAUAUUUGCAAAGACAGCUCCUUUACCUCGAAGCACCUGCUUAAUAACGACAAGAAGCCGUUUUCCACCUCUUCAUCACAGAGGCUAUUUAGUAGCAGUUUAACGCCGCUGCUGCAGGACAAGCAGCAGUCGACGCAUUCCAACAUAAAAUUAGACUUAUCGUCGACGUUACACGUUUUUGUGCAACAACGAAAGUCAACGUCACAAUCGCGAAAGCAACAGCAUUUGCUUGUUGACGUGAAAAAAGUACGCUUAAAUUAGAUUAAUUCAAAGAAAGGAGAGGAUAAUAGAAAGCGGAGAGCUCUUAAAUUCAUAAGAACAAACUACAUUAUCAGAGCAGGCAAGCUCAUCAACAACAUAAAAGAUCAUUAAUAAUCCAAACCAUAAAACGUAACUCUAUCGAUCAGCUGUUUUUGACAUAAACAAGUUGACUACUAACGAGGCGUGCGUUUGAGUAGAAGAGUGUAAAAAGAGUCAAGAAACGUAAUAAAAGUAAAAAACCAGUAACCACCGUUGCAUUACUACAUUACAUACUCACACAUCCGAACAUCGUUUUAAUAUCAUCAUCAUGUCGAAAUUGUCAUUUCGAGCGCGUGCGCUCGAUCCCUCCAAGCAGAUGCCCAUCUACUUGGCAGAGGAACUGCCUGAUUUGCCUGAAUAUUCGGCUAUAAAUCGCGCUGUGCCACAAAUGCCCAGUGGCAUGGAGAAGGAAGAGGAGUCGGAGCACCAUUUGCAGCGCGCAAUAUGUACUGGUCUCAUUAUACCAACUCCAGAGGUUUUUUCCACCGAUCAGGAAGCCUACGAUCGCAUGUAUCCGCCAAAUUACAAAAUGCCGCGUCAACUGAUACACAUGCAACCGUUGGGCCUCGAACAAGAUGUGCCAGAUUACGACAUGGAUAGCAGCGAUGAGAUUUGGAUUGGCCAACAGAGUCGUCGCCUCGAUCUGACACCACUGAAGUUUGAGCAGAUGAUGGAUCGGCUAGAGAAGAGUUCAGGGCAAAUGGUCGUUAAGCUGAAUGAGGCGAAAGCAUUGCUUAAACAGGACGAUGAAGUCAGCAUAGCCGUUUACGACUAUUGGCUUAAUAAACGCUUAAAAAUGCAACAUCCGCUGAUACUGACUGUGAAAACGGAGAAUCGUCCGGGCGCAUCUUCGAACAAUCCGUACUUAGCGUUUCGCCGACGCACCGAAAAGAUGCAAACGCGAAAGAAUCGCAAAAACGAUGAAACGUCCUAUGAGAAGAUGCUCAAGCUGAGGCGCGACCUGCAACGUGCCACCACCGUGCUGGAGAUGGUUAAGCGCCGCGAGAAGACGAAACGUGAGCAAUUGCAUUUAUCUAUAGAAAUCUUCGAGAAGCGAUAUCAGCUGCGCGACUUCAGUGGUGCUCUGCUCUCCGAAUUGAGUUCUUCUCUGAAGAGUUCCAGCAGGCCAGCGUUUGCCCCAUUGUAUACGAAUCAAUACUCACACCAUGGAUCUGCGACAGGCACCACGUCCGCCGGUGUUGUGUCGGCCAGUGGUGCGACGCAUGCUGGUGGCGUCGGCAGUGUACUGGGGCCUGGUGGUUUGCUGGCAGCAGCAGCGGGUGCCAACAAUGUGACGCCCGGCAGUGGUGGUCAUCUGUAUGCGUCGGCUUCGCAGUACCUGAAUCCUUCGACACUAACGAUUGAUGCAAUCAAUGCUGGCGCAAAUGGUAGUGGUAAUCGCAAGGAGAAACGGCCGUACAAGAAGCGGAAACAUAAAUUGACGCGCGAUAAGCAACAGCAGCAGCAACAACAGCAACAUCUAACACAACAGCAACAACAACAGUAUUUGAUGAGUGGCGUUGGCAAUGGCAAUGGUUUGUCAGCGUCAGCGCUGGGCGGUGCAGGUUCGGCGCUAAGCGCGCAGCAUUUGCUGCAACUGCACCGACAGAGCUCAUCGCCCGCUGCCAACGAGUCCAAUAUCGAAACGGAGGAGGAAGAGUUCGGCAGCGGCGGUUUGGGUUGCGGUGGAGGCGGUCAUCAUGCGCACAAAAUGGGCUCCGAGAGCGAGGAGGAGGCACCGUUUGCAUUUAGGCGAAAGCAACAUUGCGACUAUCAGAGGCCGCUCGCCCACGAUGGCAACUGGCCUUGGGAGUCGAAGGAAGACAACGGUUUUGGUGAGCCGAAAUAUCGUUUUACGCUGACAUCUAUCCGACAUCCGAGACCACGUUGCAUUGGUUUCGCCAGACGUCGCAUGGGUCGUGGUGGCCGCGUCGUAAUGGAUCGCAUCGCCACAAAUUUGGACGAUUUCUGGUCGCAGCUGGACUAUACGAUAUUUGAGAGUGAUUCCACUUCGGCCGCGUCGAAGUGUGCAAAUAUGAAGAGAGAACAUGUGAAACCCGCCUCACCACCCACAGUUGUUGACCUGCCAUUGCCCAACAUAACUAACGCAGCCAGCUCAACUUCUGCAAUGCCAGCAUCACAAAUACCCGCCAACACUACGAUCAAAGUCGAGCCCGUCGAGGUGCCGUCUGGUGUGCCGUCACCCAAACACGAUGCCGCGGCCGCACAAGUUAGCGACGAUGAUGGCGUCGAGGCAGACUUUGAUGACGACGAUUAUGAGGAAACGCUGUCGCCAGAUGUAAAUAUCUCACGCGAUGCCAACUACAUUUCGUCGUUGACAUUGUUACGACACCGACAACGCCAACGUAUGCGGCUGCAACAUCGGCGUCGUCGCCGUCGACUGCAGCGUCAGAAGGCCAUUGAGGAGGGUGGUAAUCCAAGUGCGGAUGGCGAGCACACGAAACGACGGCGUUUCAAUCAUGUCAAUGGUGUUGUCGAUGCCAAAGCUGCGCCUGUGUCACAAAAUGUUGCGACAACAAGAGAGCCAUUGCCGCGGCGGUUAUUGCAUAGUUUGUCCAAAUUGAUCGAUGAGAAGAGCAUGAAUAGCAUAAGUAGUUUCUUGUUGAGUGAACAGGUGAAGCGUGAAAAGUUGAACGGAGACGAUGUGUCCGAUGAGGUCGUGGUCGAUUUAAUGCAGCAACAGCAGCAGCAGUGGCCCAAUCAUCGAUCCAAUAACAAUUUGAUGAACUGCAAUAACAACAACAUUAGCAGUAGUAAUAUAAAUAAGAAUGUAGAUGUUAGCGAUAAAUUUAAUGUGAUAAAAAGCGAAGGCAUUAGCCCAGCAACAGCACCGGCGGGGUCAUCGUCAGCGUCCACGACAGCCGCAUCAGCAGCAGCAGCCGCUAUUACCGCCGCAAUGACGUCCGCCACAACGGCUGGUUCCAUAACGUCCACAUCGUCUGCAACAGCCCAACUAACCAAAACUAUCAAGCAAGAACUGAUAGACUGCACAAGUGGCGGCGCCUCUGCCGAUGAUUCGAAUGAACCGUUGAGUAGCAUAAAGAAAUCGGCGUCCACAAACAACUCGGAACUGCAGGUGCUGGAGGAUGAGGAGAAUGUGAACUUGGCACAAUUGAGUAGCAUAAUACGACAUACCGUGAAGAAGGAGCCAAACGAUAGCACCGAUAUGGCACAGUCAUCAAACAACACAACAACGAAAUUCAAUUCCAUCAAUUGUGCGCGUGUCAACAUAGACGAGGAGGACACGCUGUCAACGCCGCUAAAUCAAAUGCCCGAUGUUUUACGUCAACAGCAUCGGAACAAUCAAAUGAAGAGUGCACAGCAUCGGGUUGAGAAUGCUGCCAACAAUGGCAUUAACGGCAUAAAUAUAAUGAUCGACAAUGACUCAACGACGCAAUUCGAUGACAACUACGAUUACAUGGGCAGUCUUUCGCCAACCUCCAGUCAGCGCUUGGACGUUUGCAAUGAGCUACUGUCGGAGAUACGACGCGAUUGGUUGCAUUUCCGCCCGAAAACACCGACCGAUGAGUUGUCCGAUAGUAGCGAUUGCAAAAUGACGCCAACAGAGCCGCUGGUAGAAUGGACGCAACAUACGCCAAUAGCCGUUGAAAUGCUGCGAUUGUCAUGUGAUAAUACUGAGUCUCGAAAAAGUAAGCAUGCCCACAAAACCGCUGAGUCGACGCUGAGUAAUAUGUGGGAUACACAUUCCGACGAUGCACUCUUCGUAAGCAGCAGUUUCAAAUAUGCCGAACUCGAACCGGACACACAGUUACUGCAGACUUACUAUGCGCCCGAUGUGACGCGCGGCAGUAGCAAGAGUCCCGACGUCGGCGCAGCCGGUAGUUCGAACUCGGCAAUUGACUUCAAUUUAAGCGGUGAUUCGUUGACGGACAUAAAUCUCUUGGGUGACGGCGAUGAAACGGAUGAGAAUAUGCUAGUUAAUAUAUUGAAGGAAUGCGACGACAUCAAGACGCUGAAUCAGGCUACAAACUUUUGGAAUGGCAUCUUGGAAGGUGAGGCCGAAGUCGACGAAGUGGCAGCAGAUGUUGAAACGGACUUGCUGGAUUGCAUUGACGACAAAACAAAAAUCAAGGACGGUAGACGUUCAACACGCACCAAGAGCGGCGGCAAGUGGCGCAGCAGCUGUGCCCCAUAUGGCGGUACCAGUUUUCACACGACUGAUACAAGCAGCACACUACCGGAUGAUAUAUUCUUCCAAAAGGUGCAGCCGAAAACCGAGCCCAACGAUGCCAGCGAUAUCACAGCAACCACAGCUUUGCCAACUGCUGAUACGACUAUUAAGACAGAGCCCGCAGACGAACCGCCCGCAAUGCCAGCGCUUGCAACUAGUGCUUUGGUGAGCGCGCAAAAACAGACAACCACUUCGAUAGCAACCAUGCCCGCGCAAGUAUUGCAAAAUACGGCAGUGACAGGUGUGAAUUUCAACAACAGCAGCGGCGGCGCAGCCAACGUGACCAACGUGCCGCAUUUCAUUGCGAACAACGUGCAACCACAGCUCAUAACAACGAGCGGUGUGGUACACCAACGGCAGCCACAAGCGCAGCUGCAUGUGCAGCAACAAAUAGUGACGCAGCAACAGCCGCAACAACAACAACAGCAUCAUCAGACACAGAUGCAUUUGCAAGAAGUGGCAGCGGUUGGUGACAUAAUAACGGUGACGUCAUCGAAUGUGCCUGCAUUGCAGCCACAGCAGCAACAACAGCCACAACAACAGCAGCAAUUCCAACAAGGGCAGGUGCAACAGCAGCAGCAACAUCAAAUAUUACAGUUACGCCAGCCACGCAUACAAAAUGUUAUGCAACAGUUCCAGCAGCGCCAACAAAUACUGCAAAUGCAACGUGAUUUCCUGUCUGGCAGUCCGGUCAUCACGCAAUACGUGUCCGCCACACCAACGAAUGCCGGCACCACAACCGUCACAACAACGCCACUGCGUCAGCCCACGCUCACACCGAUUGGCGCCACAGCGACGGGCAAUCAUACCAUCUAUACGACCAGCACAACGGCCGAUGGCACCAUCAUUGGUGGCACCCAAAAAAUCUACAUACAAAAAGCCACACCCGCAUUCACCAGCGGCACGCUAACCGCUGCAUCGGCGCAAGUUCCUAAUAGCCAAACGUCCACAACACACACAGCGCCCGCAUCGGUUAUCACGCUGUCCAAUGUGAAGUUCGAGAACAAUAGUGAUGCGUCCAAUGCAUCCGGUAGUCAGGCGAACACCAACUCGUCGGCGACGUCGAACACGAAUAUACUAACGAUUGAUGGCAAUGCUGUGACUGCGUCGAGCAUGAGUUCAACGGGCUCCGGUGUGAAUAUAAUCAGUACGUCUGGUGGACAUCAAAUGGCUGUGCAUAGUAUUAGCGGAGGUGCCGUACAACAUUUGACUAAUGCCAGCGGCAGUGGUGGCACAGUGCAACACUUGUCAUCGUCCGCGUCCACACCACUCAUUGUCACAACAACAACCCGCCAAGCGCAACAGCAACAACAACAGCAGCAGCUGGUGCCACAGCAGACGCAGCAGAUUGUGUGGCGGCAGAUAAGUGGUGGUUCGGCAAAUGCGGCAACAAGCGGUGCCACGACGGUGAGUGGUGCUGAUGCCGCAGCGGCGAUGGCGGCUGCAGCAGCCGCAGCAGGCACGACGGGCAAUAAGAUUGUGUGGGCCAGUCGACCGGGUCAAAAGCGGCAGCUGAACGGGCCAGAUGGUGCGACAGAUAUUAACAAAUUGUUGCUGAAUCGCAAAUUCUCACAACGAAAAAUAAUCACCCCAGCAGCGCAACAACAUCAAAUACAAAUCUCAAAGCAUUUACAACAACUGCACCAUCAACAACAGUUGCAACAGCAACAACAACAACAGCAGCAACAAGAUGAUGAUGGCGGAGCGAGCGAAGGCCAAACAAACUCCGGCGCUGGUGUCACAACAACACUAGUUGGCACGACAUCUCAGGUGGCACAACAAUUGCAAAAAGUGCAAAUGCAAGGCGGCAAAGUAAUAAAGAUGUCCUCAUACCCGUUGCUCGUGUCCGAGUUAAAUGUCGCGCAGCAACAACAACAGCAGCAGCACCACCAACAACAGCAAAAACACAAUUCAGCGGCAAUUGCUGCCAAUCACAACUACAGUCUGCAGCCGACCACAGCGAUAAUUACGUCCACACAAUCGGUGUCGCAACAGCAGGGCACCGGUGGUGGCAAUAAAAUCUACUUGACCAGCAACAAUGCCAGCGGCGGAGGUACCAACUUCACGAUUGCCACAGCUAGCGAAUUGGCUAAUGCUGUGGCCGUGCAACAGGCCAAUAGCAACAACAAUGGUAGCGGCAAUAGUAACGGCAAUAGCAACAGCAAGAACAGCAUAGCACAGAAGCUGCAUCACUACAAAGAGCUGCAGAACUCCAAUUUGAAGGUGAACUUCGUGUCCACCUCGAAUGCGGCGGGCGGUGGUAGUGUCGGCGGCGUUGGCAACGCUGUCAGUGUGCAUCAUGGCAGUAUUGUGGUGGAUGCAAAGACCGUGGCGGCCGCAGUCAGUCAGUCGCAACAGCAGCAGCAGCAACAACAACAGGCCACGGUGCAACAACAAGCUGUGGUGUUGAAUAAGGCGACAGCGAAUGCCAGCCUGCAACAACAAAAGCUGAAACGUGAGCGCAUACUGAACAUAAUCGGCGCUUCUAAUAUGGAUGUGAACGCCACGAACGCGGCGGUGAGUUCAGGUGGUACUGGUGAGAAUAGUAAACGCGUGCUGUACACGAGUCUGCUGAAUGUGAAACCGCUGCAGAAGAACAACUCUGGGCAGAUGCAAAUGCAGAUAGGACCCGGCGGCAUGACACACGCACUACUGCGUGGACGCAUCGGCAACAAUCAGACAAUAUUCACGAACAUGCGCACCUUACCGAUAGCGACGAGCUCUACGGUCGGCGGCAAUGCCACGACCGUGCAACAGUUGCAAGUGGCAGCGGCAGGCGGUGGCAUAAACAACAGCAGCGGCGGCGGCGGCAAUGGCAUGAGUGUCAGUUUGGCACAGUUGACAACGAAUGCGACUACGCUUUCCUCGUCGGUGGCGGUGCAUCAGCAGUCGCUAGUGAAUAUAGUCUCGUCCAAUUCCACUGCGGCGGCGGCAGACGUUAUAACCACAACGGCGGGCGGCGGUGCGCUCUCGAGCAGCUGCAAUGAUCUCAAGAGCAUUGAGGGUGUUGUUGUUGGCGGUAGCAGUAGUAAUGGCAACAAUAACACAACAGCGACGCUCAUCAGCAGUGUUGGUGGCAGUAAUAGCAACAGCAACAGUAAUAGUAAUAGUAGUAACAGCGGUGGUGGCAGCGGCGGCGGCAAUUCAAACCAUGCGAUAGCAGCGACUGCAAACAAUAAUACGCUCGCCUCUGCAAUUAUAAACAGGUGAGACACGGGGAGCUAACUAACACUAAGAAAAAAUGAUUAUGAGAUAGUGUGCGUCGCACAGGUGGGUGCAGCCGUCGCCGUUGUCGCAGGUCGAGCGGUGACAGCAGCAACAUGUCGCAUUUGGUGUGUCGCAACUGCAGCAGCAGCAGCAGCCACAUUAGCAGCAGUUGUCGUCGUUAUAACUGCAACGUUGCCGCGUAAACUUCAACUGCAGAUGACGACAAACACGCAGCUUUACAAAGGAGGAGGAAGCUUUGAAGGUGGUGGUGUCAGUAGUUGUUGGCAUAUGAUUUAAAGUGGGCGCUCAAGCCGAAAUGUUGGUGAAUGAGUGUAUUCAGUUGUUAGUGCAAACUGAAAAACACUAUUGAACGUCGUGAGCGGUGGUGUUACUGUGUGCAUAACGCAACUGUCCCACAACUCUUCAAUCAACAUGAGCGCUUAGAAAAGGUGGAUGUGCCGUAGCAGCAGCAGGAGCAGUAGUAGUAGCAGCAACAACAACAACAGCAGCAGCAGCAGCAGUAGCAGCAACACAACAACAACUUAUACCUUACCAAUCUCUUGUAAUUUUACUAGAUGUUGUUGUUAAUAAUUAAUAAUGUACUUGUAGAUUAUAUAUUAAUUUAUAUAUACAUAUAUAUGCAUCUUAUACAUAUAUAUCUAUAUGCAUACAUAUAUACUUAAUGAGUUGAGCUGAUAUGAUAUAUAAAAACGGAAGAAAUGAAAAGUAAACGAAAACAGAAAGAAAAGAAAAAAAAAACGAAUAAAUAAAAAGAAAGCUAAAAUUAUUAAUGCAUAAAAGAAAGAGCAUAUGAGCAAAAGCUAAGAGAAGAAAAACACACCGUUACAACAAAUGAAGUGUGUGAAUUGUGUGCAGGAAGGAAGAGUCCUGGUUGAUGAGCGUAUCAAUUGAAAUUGCAAAUUAUGUAACAAAAACAAAACCAAAAAAAGCGUAAGCGUCGAAUGAGUUGUGGUGAAAACAUCAGACAGAGAGAGGGAGAGAGAGUGAGAGUAGCGGUAGGUGUAGUAGUUGCGUCCAAAAACAUUUUUCAGUCUAUAAUUGCAUUUAACAAUUGAAAUAUUGGCAAGAUACCGCUUAUGAACGAUUUGAAAUGAAUCAAAUGCUCGAGAAAGAGCUGCCUUUAAAGGCAUGUUACACGUUAAAGUCAGCAAGUUAUGGAAAAUAUGUUUAAAAACCGUAAAAAGUAAUAAUACAGGAGUAAAACAUAUUUAAACUAUUUUUAAAUUUACAAAUUUGAAAUUAUGCAUACUUUAAACUACGCCACACACAAAAUUAAUGGAUUUUUUUGCGGAAAAUCCACAUAUUUUUCGCACACAAUUCAUUCUAACGCCGCACUGCAAAAGCGAACAUUUUUUGUAAACAUUUCAUUUGCUCUACAACUGCUUAAGUUAUGUGAAAACAAAAACAACAACAACAAUAGAAAAUUCGACAUUUUCAUUUCUUGUAAUUAGUAUAUUUGCGUUAUUAUUUUAGUUACUUUUUCUGUUUUUGUUUUAUUUUUUUGCACUAAAAAAAUCGUUAUAUAGAUAAUACGUUCAUAGGUAGGCGUUAGUUAUAAAUUAAGUAACGCUUUAGUUAUUAAUUUCUACUACCACAUUUUUUUUAUUUUUUUACCGUAAUAAAAAUUGUAAAUUAAAGAAACAGAGAAGGAGAGAAAGAAAAGAAAAGAAAUAUGAAAAUAAGCCUCGAGGAGUAGUACAUACACAUACACUGGCUAAUAUAGAGAGCGAAAGCGUAUCUGUGUAUGCGAGAGCAGUAGAAGGAGGAGAGAGAAUGAGAGGUGGUUAGAGCAUAAAGAGGUAGAUACGUCAAGCAUGCGGCAGACAUAUUAAGUGCUACCGUUAAAAGUUGAAAUACGACAUUCGCUUAUUAUGAAAUAUGUAUAUCAGAUCUUAUUUUCAAGAUCGACUUUUUACUUUUUAAUAAAAUCAAAGAAAAUAAAAUAAAUAAAUAAAAAAACUAUUUAAUCAGCUUACAACCGAUUUGCUUUUGUAGUUAUUGCUGUAGUAGUAGUAGUGGCAGUGUGUGUGACAAGUUUUCUUGACGUUGAGAUUUUUAGAGUGAAAUUUGUUUUUUGUAAACACUUUCAUUAAAAAAUAUAUUUCUGAAAUUUUGAAUGCAAUAUUUAUUGGCAAUUUCAAUUGCUGUAAAUUGGACUAAGUGUUGGCAAAAAUUAAAUUUUUCCUUAUUUAAAAAUUAAUUUUAUAACAAUUCGUAAUUUAAUUUUUUUUUUCGAAAAUUACUUUAUAAUUAUAAUAAUUAUAAAUUGAUUUAUUAAAAAAACAAAAAUUGUUGAAGAAUUUGGACUGCUCUGCAGUGAAAAUGGCAUGCCCCCCCUUCAUUUAGAGUUUCGAAAUUCAUGAAAAAAUAUUAAAAAUAUCAAAAAAAAUUUUCAUUUGCUAACAAAUUUUUAUAAAAUUUUCUUUUCUCUGUAUUCUCCAAGAAUUUCACAUUUUUAUACAAAAUCUGAUAAGUAAAUGUUUGCCAGAAUUUUUAAUUUCAAAAUAGAAUGUGAAAUAAAUUUCUUGAAUACUUCUAUUAAAAAAAAUUAAAGCCUAGAAAAAAUAACCUCCAAAAUUUUUUUUUGUAAAACUCAGCAAAACGGGAUAGUUUUGAACAUAUUAAGUAUUAACUCAAAAACAGAGUUUAGAAGCACUACACACAGUCACUACAACGGCGCUUACAACUAAGUCAAUCGGUUGUGGGUUAAAUACGAAACUCCAUACAAUCCAUACAAAAAACUCUGCAAUACACGCCCAAAUACUUCCGCAUAUACAUAUGUACAAAUAGCACCGCAAGAGGUUAGAACCUUUAGGAAAAAAUAUGAAAUUUAAAUAUAUAUAUAUAUGUAUAAAUGUAUAUACUUAUAUAUAUAAAAAUUCAAUAAAACAAAACAAAAAAAGAAUAGCAUUUACGAUAAAAAAAGAAUGAAAAUUUGUUUCGAAUGACUGUAACGGUAAAUCUAUUGAAAUUGGUAAUUAAACAAAAAAAAAUUAAAUGAAUAAGCAAAACAAAAUUGAAAAUCCGUUAAAAUAGAAAUUCACAUUAAACAUUUGCAAAAACAGAAAGAAACAACAACACAAAUCUUAUAAAGCAAACAAGUUCACAAAAAAAAAAUUGUUUCGGUUAAAUAAUCAUUUUAUACAUAUAACUUCUUAUAUAAUAUUAAUAUAAUUUGCAUAACACCAACACAUACAUAUAAACAUAUAUACGUAAAGCAGCUCAAGCGGUCGCUCACAUACAUUUCCAGUCCAGUCAUCUGCCAUUAUUUUCUGUUUUUUUUUUUUAUUUGUAAAUUUCGACCCCCCAAAAAGUACUGCUAUCAUACCACCACAAACAUAAAAACAAAAAGAAACCCCCAUACACAUACACUCAUAAACAUUAGAAACACUGGAAUCAGAAGAAGAAGCAAAUACACAUAAUAAUUAUAAUAAUUCUAGAAAUAUGAUAAUAUGAAAAGCAUUGAAGUAAUGAUGAAACAAAUAUGUAAAUAGUUAAUAGUAAUGCUAAUGCUAAUGCUAAUGAUAAUGAUGAAUAACUUAAACUUAAUUAUUACAAAUUAAAUUAUAAAACAAAUUAAUAUUAAUGUUAAUAUUAAAAGUUAUGUACUAAAUAAUUAUAAUUACAAAAUCUAUUUAGCGGUAAUAAACGACUUCAAAGCGAGACAAAAAAAAAAUAUAGCAAAAACAAAAACAAACAAACAGCUUUUUUAAGAUGCAACAUGAAACAAGGAAAUGCGCAAAUCUAAAGUGUACGAAGCAGAAGUGUGUGUGCGCUGUGUCGGCGUUGGCAUCCCUUGACUGUGUGUGGGUGAGUUUUAGGUGUGUCUUGGCCCAACUCCAACUCCACUCUUCUCAUUUUAUUUGGUUCGCCUCAAAAAGUUUGAGGUUAUGGUCUGUGGGGCAACGAUGUUUGCUUUAGGCGAUUUAAAUGAUUCGAGAAUAUUCUUUUUUUAUAUUAGUUGAUUAUUUUAUAAUAUCCUUUUUAUUCGCAGGGGUACAUAAUUUGUUGGAAUUUCUUCUUUUUACGACUAAGAUAACUACGUUCCAAAGAAUUUCAUUAUAGCAUAAAAAGUUACGAGGAAUCAGAUAUCUAUUUUAAGCUUUCUUUUUAUCUUCUUAAAUGUGUAGCGCUGUGCUCUAAGGCUCACUAUGUACAGUUAGUACGAUUUCCAAAGAAUUCUAUUAAAAUUCUUGAUUUUAUUCUUUCUUAGUUAACUGAUAAAACAAACUAUGUUAUAAACCCAAAUUCAAUAUUAUUGCGAAAAAUUAAUAUUUUUUUUUUUCAACUGCAAAUUACGUUGUGGCUUUCAAGCUUCCUCUUAAAAUUCUGAGUUUUGCCGAAAAAAUAGUACACAAUUUUUUAAAUAAAUCCAUAAAGUGCGAAAUUUUGGUUUUGAUUGAAAAAAAAAUUAAAAAUUGAAGAAAUUGUUUUUAAAAAUAUGUAUGAAUUAAAAAAUAAAAAAAAAAUAUAUAUACAUUAAAAAAUUCAAAAAAUAAAAAAAUGUGUUUUUUAAUGUGAAUAAAAAAAAAUUAAUUUGAAAAAGGUAAAUUAAAAUAAAAGAAAAUAAUUUUUUUUAAUACAAAAAAAUUAAAUAAUAAAAAUAAUAAUAAUUUUUUUUAAUGCGAAAAAUUAUUUUUUUUAAUACAACAAAGAAAAUGUAUUUUUUUUAAUGCGUAUAGAAAUAUGGAAACAGAUUAUAACCGCAACUUAUUCAGUAUCCAAUUUUAUGAACAUAAGUUAUUUUCAUUGCAUAUUUCUAACUAUCGUGGUCUCACACAGCAUUUAUGUAUAGAUUAAUUAAAAUAAUUUCAAUUACUACUUAAAAGUAAUUUAAUUUAUUGAUACAUUUUUAUAAUUUCAUAAUUUUAGAACUUUUGGGUAUUGGAAAAAAGUUAAACAAUUGAAACAAAAAAUUAUAGUUAAAUUAAAUUAUAUUCAAUUUAUCAUUUCUUAUUUCUCCUAAUUUAGCUUCAACACAAAGGAAUCUAAAACAUUUUUUCUGAAAAACAGAGAAAAAAAAUCAAAUCUUUCUAUAAUGUCAUAAAAAUGUUUGAUCUAUAUAAUAUUUCUGAAAAAUAAUAUUAAAAAUUUAAUUAAAUUUUGCUUUGUAUUUAUUUUCAAUAAUAUUCUUAUGGAUCGCAAAAAUUAGAAAGCUUCCUCAAGCUCGGUUGUCCAAUUUCUUAUACUAAAAUGAUGGCUUUGAAAGCUUUGUCGAAAUAAAUUAAUUUAAUUUUUUUUAAUACCAAAAAUUACUUUUUAAACAAUUAUAUAAUUUUUUCAAAUUAUAUAUUUUUUCAUUUUCAAAUAUUUAUUUAAAGUAUUUAUCUAUCUUUUGUUGCUGAACUAAGUAAAAGAUUUUAACAUUUAUUAAAAAUAACAAAACAUGCUUCAAUAUUCAAAUUUUAAUAUAUUAAAAAAAAAAAAUUUUUUGUUAAAAUUUUUCGAUUUGGAUUUCGUAGUUUUUUUUUGAUUUCCUGUAAAACACUAUUCUGAAAAUAAAAUCAGUAAACUAGUUGAUAUGAAAGGUUAAAAGUGUAAUUUAAUAUUUUUUUAUUUUCAGAAUUUUUUUUAUCAAAAAUUUUGAUUCAAAUAAAAGUGUGAAUUAUAGCAAAAUAGUUAUAUAUUUAUUAAAAUGUUUUAUAUUUAGUAUUCAGGUUCAAAAUGAUUUCUCUUAUCAAAUUAAUAAAAAAAGCUUAUUUUUUCACAGCUUAAUUUUUCACUGCCAGCCUCAUCAAUAAUUUUUUUUAUUUUAUAUAUUGUGUACUGUACAUCCAUAUAUGUGGAAUAUGUGGAAUAUAUAUGUAGACAUCCAAGGUACAACACACGCUCACCACACUCAUUCAAGUCCUUCGCAUGGCAUCGUCGUUCGCUGCUUUUUUCAGCUUUUACUUUGCCUUAGUUAAGUGCAACAAAUACAAAUUAUACGCUAAAUAAGUAAAAAUAAAAUAAUAUAAAAUACUUAAAAAAGCAAACAUACAUACCUACAUAUUUUAAUUAAAUAAUUAAUUAAUUUAUCUUGUAAACCUUAAUAAAUGCGUAAUUAUUACAAUAAAUACAAUACAAUACAAUAACAAGAACGUACUUUUACACCUAUUACUAUUAUUUUUUAUACAUGUUAAAAAGAAAAAAUAUAUAAAAUAAAGAAUUAAAUAAUAUUGAAAUCAAUAAUAAAAAUAAAUAAAUAUAUUAAAAUGUAAAAAAA